CCGCCUGGCCACACACACUUGUGGCACCACCGCCACAAGCGCCAACCGGUGGCACAGAACGAAGCCGGGGAAGGAUUUACGUUUGUUUAUUCAGCGGGCGGGUGACCUGUGAGGAAUCGCCUUCCCCGCAGCCUGGACUUGGGUUUCUCGUGGCCUAGCAAGAAGUGGUUUCCUUUCCCGAGCUGUUGGCAUCUUCCUGCCAGGAUUCAGUCGUUCCCAAAGGAAUGGAGGAAUGCAGCUGAUAAGUGUUUAACCACCCUGUGCUCCUAUAGGCAGUACCAGGCGCUGGCUUCAUCUUCUUCCCUUUGGCACUUUGGGGGUGGGCCGCUCCUUGUUACCUGGUCUGGGUACCUUUUUUUUAGCGGCACUGUAGAUCAAAGGAGAUGGAAGAAAAGGAGCGAUGUGAUAAAUUCCAGCUGGUACCUUGACACUAAGGAGAAUCGUAUAUUUUGACUUUUUUUUUUCUGUGGAGGGGAGGGAAAUACUACAUUUUAUGGGGUAUGGGAGGAGGAAGGUUGCAGAUCUUCAUGUGGUUUUUAAAACCAGCUGUCAGAGGCAAUUACUGAAUAAACUGAAGCACAGGAGGAAGAUUUGUAAGCUGGAAGCAGUGCUAGCCCACGAAAGAAAGGGGCAGCGGGCUGCUGUUGUGACUGUGGAGGCAGAAAUUUCAGCCUCCUUCAUUUUUCACCACCUACUCCCCGUCCACCCAUCGAGAAAAUGAGUUGUGUGCCAUGGAAAGGUGACAAGACCAAAUCGGAAUCGCCAGAGCCAUCCCAGCUACCGCCACAGCAUAUUUACCAUGAGAAGCAACGCAGGGAGCUGUGUGCCCUCCAUGCCCUCAACAAUGUCUUCCAGGACAGCAAUGCCUUCACUAGGGAAACUCUGCAGGAGAUUUUCCAGAGGCUGUCUCCCAACACCAUGGUGACCCCCCACAAGAAGAGCAUGCUGGGGAAUGGGAACUAUGAUGUGAAUGUGAUUAUGGCAGCACUUCAGACCAAAGGCUACGAGGCGGUUUGGUGGGAUAAGCGCAGGGAUGUUAAUGCCAUUGCCCUGUCUAACGUGAUGGGCUUCAUCAUGAAUCUGCCCUCCAGCCUUUGCUGGGGCCCCCUGAAGCUCCCCCUCAAGCGACAGCACUGGAUCUGUGUCCGGGAGGUGGGAGGCACCUACUACAACCUCGACUCCAAGCUCAAGGUGCCCGAGUGGAUUGGAGGUGAAAGUGAGCUCAGGAAAUUUUUGAAACACCAGCUGAGAGGAAAGAACUGUGAACUCCUGUUGGUUGUGCCAGAGGAGGUGGAAGCACAUCAGACCUGGAGAGCUGACGUGUGACCUGGGCCGACUCUUGUCCUCCCACUACAGUUCUUCCCCUUUACUGAACUCCUGAUGUCCUAAAACCUGGAUAAUGGGUGUCCCGA